GUCGUUCCGGUCCGAACUAGUACCAAUGAACGACUCACAACAUGGAACGACCGGUACUAGUUCCAUCUCUUUCGCUCUCAUAGUUCCAUAGUUCCAUUUCUAUUUUCAUUUCAUUUCCAAUUUGGUUCCAUCGGUUCUACUCAACUCUUUCAUUUCAACAUUAGUAUAUCGACAGCUGUUCGAUAGCGAUGAUUUUUAUUUUCUUGUCAGUCAUUCGGUUAAACUUGUCUUCGUAAGUCGUGUUGGUCUUGGUAAUGAAAGAAGAAAAAAAAACGAAAAAACGGCUUUCUUCAAAGAAAAUAAAGUGAAAAUUCAAAAUUCGUGAAAGAAUUCCAAAAACAGAUGGCUGAAAAAAGAAAAUCCAGUGCUAUUUGGGCUCAUUUUGAAGAAAUUGCCACGGAAAAGGCAAAAUGCAAAUAUUGCAAAAACAUUCUCAGCAUUGCCUCGGGUUCAAUUGGGAACCUUAGUCGGCAUAUGAAAAGGAAACAUCCUCUAAUACCAAUAAAAGUGGAAAGGCAAACCCAAUCUAUUAUCCACGAUUUGGAGAGUAACAUUAUAGACCAGCAACAAUCAACUAAUAUUGCCAAAACUGCGUCAAGUGUUGAUAUCGUUGAUAUUACUAACAAUUCUGGCAGCAUAGCUUCAAAUGCAAGAACUCAAUCAAACAUAACUCAAUUCCUCCAAAAGCCACCGCCAGCUCGCAAAGUGGAGAAGAUAGACCUACAACUUCUAAAAAUGAUAGUUAAAGGGCACCACGCAUUCAGACUUGUUGAAGAGCCUGAAUUCAAAAUCCUUUUGGAAUUGGUUUCCCGUUGUCCAAAUUAUACAUUGCCGUCUAGAAAAAAAGUUUCGAAUGUGUUGUUGUUAAGCACCUACAAUGAUGUCUUAGAUGAUGUUAAAAUUCAAAUUCAAUCUGCGUCUGCUGUAUGCCUCACUACUGAUGGAUGGACAUCCAGAUCCCAUUGUAGCUACUUGGCUGUAACAGCACAUUAUAUUAACAACAAUACCGAAAUGAGAGCACAUUUGCUAUCGUGUGUAGAAUUCAAUGAAAGGCAUACUGCUGAGAAUCUGGCUGCUUGCAUAAAGGAACUUUGUAUAGAGUUCGGUAUUUUGAAUAAAGUGUCUGCAGUUGUGACUGACAAUGCAUCAAAUAUAGUGGCUGCAAUCCGAGCAGGAAAUUGGCGUUGGGUUGGGUGUUUUGCACAUUCACUUAAUUUGGUAGUUCAAAACUCAUUACAUCCAAUAGACAGCAUAUUGAAAAAAGUAAGAAAAAUUGUUACUUUUUUUCAUAAAAGUUCCAAUGCACUAAAAAAGUUAUAUGAAAAUCAACGACAGGGCACACAAACACCACUCAAGUUAAAACAUGAUGUUGAAACCGGGUGGAACUCCACAUACGAAAUGCUGCAAAGGAUUUUUAAUCUAAAAGAUGCAGUAAUUACAACGCUAUCAUUGAUUAGACCUGAUCUCUUGUUUCCACUGGAAGAAUGGGACUUAAUAGAGGAAAUUUUGCCCAUACUGAAACCUUUCUAUCAAAUGACAAUGGACAUUUCAGCAGAAAAAAGUGUUACUUUGUCAAAAGUUUUGGUAUUAUGUAACAUUUUGGAGCAGACCAUUUCAAAAAUUACUUCUACUAAUUCUAUUAUUUCUAACAUGUUGACAAUACUGAGGAAUGACUUAAACACAAGAUUUGGAAGCUAUGAGAGAAACUACCUCUAUGCUGAGAGCGCGCUACUUGAUCCCCGCUUCAAGCGCAGAGCAUUUAAAAGCGAAGGUUCUUACGAUUUUGCUGUACAACAAUUGAGGGAAAGGAUAAUCCGCAUAAGAUUGCCAGACGUUGAUAUAAAUAACAAUUCUGAAAGCGCAAAGCUUUCACCUCAAAACGAUGACCUUGAUGAGCCGGAUUACUGGAAAUUCUUUGACGAACAAUAUAAAAACAAUACUAAGACUGAAAACAACACGGCAGCGGCCAUAAAAGAAUUGGAUAAAUACUUAAAGGAGGACUAUAUAGGACGAAAAUUGGAUCCUUUAAAAUGGUGGAACUUGAUGAAAAAUGUGUAUCCACGACUAUAUAUCCAUGUCUUGAAAAGAUUAUGCAUUACUGCAACAUCGGUACCAUGUGAGCGAAUCUUUUCCGCAACGGGACAGAUAAUUAGUGAAAGAAGAACCCAUCUAAAACCAUCGAAGGUAGAAAAAGUUGUAUUUCUACAUAACAAUAUGUAAAAAAAUUAUCGAAAAUUGUUUUUUUUUUUUCAUUUAGUCUACAUGUGUAAAGACAUAUUUUAUACUUUGCAAAGUAUUUACAAGAUCUCAAUUAUUUUUACUAAAAAUUGUCUAAGAGGCUAAAGUGCUGAUUAAAAAUUGGACACAAGACUGUAUAGCUUUUGAAAAAUGUUUACUGGCAUUAAAAAUGAAAUAUUAAACUUAAAAAUACAUAAAAGAUAUGAAUAUGCAAUUUAAUUUCUAAAAUUUAAGUCUUAAAAU